AGGUAUUAGGUAACGUGCCACGCCAGAAUUCCACGUGGAGCUUCCUUGCUCAACGUGAACGUUCUUCUUCUGAAACAAAGGUAAAAGUCUCAUCUUUCAACUAUGUUUAUUCGUUUGAUCCAAUACCCACCAAAAUCAACCAAAUUUUUCGUUAGCUACUAUAUCAUCAAUCUCAAAUAUCACCACCCUUAAACCGCUGCAAUUCACUUGGUUUUUUUUUUUUUUUAAUCUCUAAUCUUUUGUUUCAAUUGGAAUCCAAUUGACAUGAUUCUUGUUUGAAUCACUCCGAUUUGAUGUUAUGCAUGACCCAUUUGAGUUUUGAAUUGAAGAUCAAAUUUUGAUUUUAGCUGUAUUAUCACAAGGGUGAUAAGUUUUGUGUUGAAUUGAAUGGAUAAUUACGGGUCAUCUUCUCCAUACCGGUAUCCAAACCCUUAUAUGUACCCUCCCAGUCCCAACCCUCAUCAACCGUACCCUCCUCCACCAGGUUCAUCUCCUGAUCCAUAUGCACAUGCUCCUCCUUAUCAUCCACAUCCUUACCAUUCUUCACAUUCCUUCAACUAUUCAUACCAUGCACCUCCUAGAUCUUCCUCACAUUCUGGCAAAUUUGAGUAUUCCUACCCCCCUCCUGCUGCCCCUUUGAACUUUCCCCACCCUCCACCAUCUUAUGCUCAACCUCCCUCUUAUCCUUAUCCUUACCAUGUUCCUCCACCAAAUCAUGGUCCUCCCAGGCCUUCCCUUUCACACCAUGCUAGCUUCCAACAUGGAUCACCUCAUUACUAUUAUCCUCCAAACGAUGCCUUUUCGGCUCCCGAAGACCGUCCUGACCUCCAUUUACGCAACAAUAGCUUCUCCGGUCCCUACCGGCAGGAGAGCACAAUCUCUACGGGAGGUGGAGUGCCACAAGCUAGUGACAAUUCCAAGCCUCCUCAGGGCUCGGCUUACCCGCCGUUGGAUGAUCUUAUGAGCAAUGUUCGGUUGUCUGAUGCCCAGGCAAGCCAGCAAACUGCUCCUGCAUCGCCGCCUGCACCUGCCGGGCAGCCGAUGAUGAUACAUUCCAUGUCAGUUUCAAAGAUACAACAGAAGAAAGAGGAGUUUUAUGGACAUGCAAAUAACUCCUUCUCGGGGUGGGGAUCUUCCUACCACAGUCGGAUGGAUUCGGGCAGACUCUCGGAUUUUUCAGGAUCAUUUAAUGAUUCAAUGCUUAGUCAGAGCUUGCAGAUUGUUCCAGUGCAGAGUAAGGGAUCCUUGAGAGUUUUGCUCCUACAUGGAAAUUUAGAUAUUUGGGUCCAUGAAGCCAAAAAUCUUCCAAAUAUGGACAUGUUUCACAAAACAUUAGGGGAUAUGUUUGGUAAAUUACCUGGUAGUGUGAGCAAUAAAAUUGAAGGAACUAUGCAUAAGAAGAUUACUAGUGAUCCUUAUGUGUCAAUUUCAGUAUGCAAUUCUGUACUUGGGAGGACUUAUGUAAUUAGCAACUCUGAAAACCCUGUUUGGUUGCAACAUUUCUAUGUUCCUGUUGCACAUCAUGCUGCUGAAGUGCACUUUGUUGUUAAAGACAAUGAUGUUGUGGGUUCACAGCUCAUUGGCAUUGUGGCAAUUCCAGUGGAACAAAUAUACUCAGGAGAAGUAGUUGAAGGAACCUACCCUGUCCUCAAUAAUAAUGGGAAGCCUUGUAAGCAAGGUGCUGUCUUGAGCCUAUCCAUUCAGUACAUCCCUAUGGAGAAACUGAGCAUUUAUCACCAAGGAGUUGGAGCAGGGCCUGAAUACAUUGGGGUUCCUGGCACGUAUUUUCCUUUGAGAAAAGGUGGUACUGUUACUCUGUAUCAAGACGCUCAUGUUCCAGAUGGCACCCUCCCUAACAUGUUGCUUGACAAUGGCAUGUAUUAUGUGAAUGGAAAGUGUUGGCUUGAUAUCUUUGAAGCCAUAAGUCAAGCUCGGCGUUUGAUUUAUAUUACAGGGUGGUCAGUGUGGCACAAAGUAAGGUUGAUUAGGGAUGAUGCUGGUUGUGCUUCAGACUAUACCUUGGGUGAUGUUCUAAGGACAAAGUCACAGGAAGGAGUAAGAGUGCUUCUCCUUAUCUGGGAUGAUCCUACGUCAAGAAGCAUUUUAGGUUAUAAAACAGAUGGUGUCAUGGCAACUCAUGAUGAGGAAACUCGACGUUUUUUCAAGCACUCUUCAGUGCAAGUGCUUCUUUGUCCUCGCAGUGGCAAACGACAUAGCUGGAUCAAGCAAAAGGAAGUUGGAACAAUAUAUACACAUCAUCAGAAAACUGUGAUUGUGGAUGCUGAUGCUGGAAAUCAUAAAAGAAAAAUCAUAGCAUUUGUUGGUGGACUUGAUUUGUGUGAUGGGCGAUAUGAUACUCCCCACCAUCCUCUUUUUAGAACAUUGAAUACAAUACAUAAGGAUGACUACCACAACCCUACUUUCACGGGUAAUGUUGGUGGUUGUCCGCGGGAACCAUGGCAUGAUUUGCAUUCUAAAAUUGAUGGUCCAGCAGCUUAUGAUGUUUUAACUAACUUUGAGGAGCGCUGGUUAAAAGCAUCGAAACCUCAUGGGAUUAAAAAGUUGAAAAUUUCAUACGAUGAUGCUUUGCUAAGGCUGGAAAGAAUUCCAGAUGUUAUUGGCAUCAAUGAUGCUCCAAGUAUAGGGGAAGAUCAUCCUGAAGUUUGGCAUGUUCAGAUAUUUCGAUCAAUUGAUUCAAAUUCUGUUAGAGCAUUUCCAAAGGAUCCAAAAGAUGCAACGAGCAAGAACCUAGUAUGUGGAAAGAAUGUGCUGAUUGACAUGAGCAUACAUACAGCGUACAUUAAGGCCAUUCGUGCUGCACAGCAUUACAUUUAUAUAGAGAAUCAAUAUUUCAUCGGCUCUUCAUACAAUUGGAGUCAACAUAAAGACCUCGGUGCCAAUAACUUGAUCCCAAUGGAAAUUGCUCUAAAGAUUGCGGAAAAGAUAAAAGCAAAUGAGAGAUUCGCAGUGUAUGUUGUUAUUCCGAUGUGGCCAGAAGGAGUUCCAACAGGGGCUGCCACACAAAGGAUUCUAUUUUGGCAGAAUAAAACAAUGCAAAUGAUGUAUGAGACAAUUUACAAGGCUUUGGUUGAGGCAGGACUUGAAGCAGCAUUUUCUCCGCAAGAUUAUUUGAACUUUUUCUGUCUUGGUAAUCGAGAGGCCCUGAAUUUGUAUGAUAAUGUCAGUGCAACUGGAGCUCCUCCACCAGCAAAUAGUCCACAAGCAGCCAGCCGAAGUAGCCAACGAUUCAUGAUUUAUGUUCAUUCAAAAGGCAUGAUAGUUGAUGAUGAAUAUGUGAUUAUUGGGUCUGCAAACAUCAACCAGCGCUCCAUGGAAGGAACAAGGGACAGUGAGAUUGCAAUGGGAGCCUAUCAACCUCAUCAUACGUGGGCAAGAAAACAAUCUUAUCCACAUGGACAAAUCCAUGGAUAUAGGAUGUCACUUUGGGCAGAACAUACAGGAACUUAUGAAGAGUGCUUCUUGCAACCUGAGAGCCUUGAAUGUGUAAGAAGGGUUAGAACAAUGGGUGAAAUAAACUGGAAACAAUUUUCAGCAAAUGAAGUAUCAGAGAUGCAAGGGCAUCUGCUGAAAUACCCUGUAGAAGUUGAUAGAAAGGGAAAGGUUAGACCCCUUCCUGGCUAUGAAGAGUUCCCAGAUGUGGGAGGAAAAAUAGUUGGAUCUUUUCUGGCCAUGAAGGAGAAUCUAACCAUUUGAUGAAUUCAUCAGUUUGAGUGUUACACAUUCUGCUAGCAAAUAGGAGAAGAUGUAUGUAAAUUACAACAUAGAAACAAUUUUGAAAUGUAUGCUAGUUGGAGAACCAAAUAAAGAGACCAUACUUGUAAAGACCAAGUCAAGAUGUAUAUACAGCUAAGUUAUAUUGAUCUUUCUUUCAUGGAACGUUUAUUUUUUGAUUAACUUCCACUCUGAGACCAAGUGCAGCAAUUUUAGGCACAUCAGCAACUACCCUUUGGUUCUCAUCACCGUCUUCCAACAUAUUCCUCACAUUCCAUGUAAUGCACCAUUAUUCUCUCAAAAAAGGAUUAGAUUAUCA